AUGAGGCGGGUGACCCUGUUCCUUAACGGCAGCCCCAAGAAUGGAAAGGUGGUUGCUGUAUAUGGAACUUUAUCUGAUUUGCUCUCUGUGGCCAGCAGUAAGCUUGGCAUUAAGGCCACCAGUGUGUAUAAUGGGAAAGGUGGACUGAUUGACGAUAUUGCUUUGAUCAGAAUUGUAUUUGAUCCUCAGACAGACUCUAAACCACCUGAAGGACUGACAGGAUCCCACACAGACUGGCUAACAUUAAAUGUUGGAGGGCGGUACUUUACAACUACACGGAGCACUUUAGUGAAUAAAGAACCGAGCAGCAUGCUGGCCAACAUGUUUAAGGACAAAGACGUCUGGGGAAAUAAGCAAGAUCACAGAGGAGCUUUCUUAAUCGACCGAAGUCCUGAGUACUUUGAACCCAUCUUGAACUACCUGCGACAUGGGCAGCUCAUUGUAAAUGAUGGCAUAAAUUUAUUAGGUGUGCUAGAAGAAGCCAGGUUCUUUGGGAUUGACUCGUUGAUUGAGCACCUAGAAGUGGCAAUAAAGAACUCUCAACCACCAGAGGAUCACUCACCGAUAUCCCGGAAGGAAUUUGUACGGUUUCUGCUAGCUACUCCAACCAAGUCGGAAUUACGAUGCCAGGGUUUAAACUUCAGUGGUGCUGAUCUUUCUCGUUUGGACCUUCGAUACAUUAACUUCAAAAUGGCCAAUUUAAGCCGUUGCAAUCUCGCGCAUGCUAAUCUCUGCUUUGCCAAUCUUGAACGAGCCGAUCUCUCUGGAUCAGUGCUUGACUGUGCAAAUCUCCAGGGGGUCAAGAUGCUCUGUUCUAACGCUGAGGGAGCAUCCCUGAAACUGUGUAAUUUUGAGGAUCCCUCUGGUCUUAAAGCCAAUUUAGAAGGGGCUAAUCUGAAAGGUGUGGACAUGGAAGGAAGCCAGAUGACGGGAAUUAACCUUCGAGUGGCUACACUGAAAAAUGCCAAGUUGAAGAACUGCAACCUGAGAGGAGCAACCCUGGCAGGAACUGAUUUAGAGAACUGUGAUCUGUCUGGGUGCGAUCUGCAAGAAGCCAACCUGAGAGGUUCUAAUGUGAAGGGAGCCAUAUUUGAAGAGAUGCUGACGCCCCUGCAUAUGUCCCAAAGUGUCAGAUGAGGAUUUCCGGGGCUGGAGGAAGAUGGCCAAGAUAGCACACUGUGUCCUUGUCGCUUUUCUUUCUCCAUCCACGCAGUGGUCCAGAGGAAAGAACUGUAAUGCACUAGAAAACACUUAGAAGAUGAGACCUGUUCUCUGUGGUGCAUAAGGGGGCACCCGCCUCCCGUGCCCUCCCCACAUUCUGAUUAUAAAGGAGGAGCACUCAGAGGUAGAGGUAGGGAAUCUAGAUUAUGCUGCCUUUUGAGUAGGGCAGAGGGGUUUGCCUGGCUUUAUGACCAGGAAUAGUGUCUAUUCUAUUUGCUUUUAAAGGAGCAUGAUACAAAAAUACCAUCUUGGUUGGAAAUGCAUUUGAGGAUUUUAAUUUAUGAAAACCCAACAUAUGCAAAUAUAUUUAUUGAGUUUCUAGAUGCAGUAUGGAUAUUUGAAUUGUUAAGUGUUAUGAAAAUUUGGAGAAAGUGGUUCAGGUUUAUAAAUAGCUUUAGUGAUGCCUCCUCUACUUUAAAUACUGGUCAACCCACAUGGAUUUUGUGAGACCGCUCCCCAAGGCUCUCUUUUCAGGUUCGUUUUUUCUAUUGCUUUCUUUUUAGGACAAAACAGUAGCUGAGUUCAAGCACUCUCUCCUUCUUCCCCGACAGAGUCCGAGUAGAAGGAAAGACAGCAUUAUUAAACUGUUCAUGCUGCAAGAGCAGUGGGACUCUCCAGGUGGAGGAACAUUUAGAUAAAUAGUGGACCCUUGAACAACAUGGGUUUGAGCUGCACAGCCCCACUCAGAUGUUUUCCCUGCCCAGUGUUUUGAGUUCCCGAUUAAAACACCGUCUGAUGCCAUGCAAGCGCCCCGUCUCUCCAGGAACUGAUAGCCCCUCACCCCCACUUCCCAUUAACUCAAGAGACAACUGCUCACGUGAAGGUGAUGAGUGGCACUCAGCGUUGACACAGACACUCGAGACUGGAGCUCACCGCAAUAGCACCAGGAUGAAAGAGCAGCAUGUCAGUGGGCUGGCGCAGUUCAAAGCAAUACUGUGCCAGAGUCAGCUGUAGUGGACAGCUUUGAAGAGAGCACUCCCAAUUGGAAAACAAACCUUCAUUCUAAGCAAGUUGUACUCAACUCCAGACUAGGCAAUUGUAUCUGUUUAUACUACGAGGUUAGCAGUCUCAUAUACAAUCAAAUAAGCACAUGAAGAUGACGCAAUACCAAAAAUCCAAGGUAUGCCAUUCAUAUUCAUUUCAUUCAAAUGCCAAAUCGCUUCAGCAGGGUCAGCUUAAAAAUAGGUAUUAAAUUCAAAUCCAUCGCAAUCAAAACUGUUAACUACGAAUGGACAUGGCAAGGUCACCUUUGGAAGUCAGCAUAGUAGACUUACAAUGGAAGCCCGGUGAUGCAGAGCGAGGGGUUGAAACCGACACAUCCGUGGUAGCCACCAAGUACAUACAAAUACAAAUCAAAACAACGGUAGUUGGCUGGCCCAAGAUGUCCUGUCCGUCAGCUCCUGCCACUCUUUUACUUUCUUUUCACUGUCUUGUGUGUGUGGCGGUAUUUUUUUUUGGAAAUAAAUUUUAGCCCGUUUUCUUGAGUUACCUCUCUGUAGCAGCAGUGUAUAACCAGUGUUCUUAUGCAGACCCCCAAGAGCAGUGACAUAAGCUGAGUCCAAUUGGUUCUGACUUUUACAAAUCAGUUGGAGGCAGUGAAUCAUUAAGAACCACUUGCGUCUCUUUGGGAAGAGUGACAGGUCCUCCGUAUUGUGUACUUGAUUCUUGCGUACAUACAUAUGCAAAGCUUUCCUUCACAGCAAAAAGCACACACACGUAAUGGGAGGAGAGAGAGCAGACCUUUACAGGGAAAGGAAAGCCACUUUAGAAAUGAAUUAUUUUCUUUGCUUUAUUAUUUUUACUGAGACAGAGAAGUAUUGUAUUGAGAGAUAUCUAUUUUCAUAAUCAAUAUGUGCCUAAAUUAUAUUUAAAUCAUUUCAUUCUGUACUAUAUUUUCAAUAAUUAUAGAGUAUGUUGUUCAUUCACCUAAAAGUACCUCUGUAGGCUUUACUUAAGACUGCAGAAAGAUCUGGAAGAUCCAAACAUGAUGUGCUUAGAAACUAUAAAGAUUUUGGAUCUAAUGUAUAUUGCAUUAAUAAACUAUAUGAGAUGUUAAAAA